AUGAUCAGAGAAAGAGAUGAAGAUGAACAAGGCACAAGUGAUAGCACUCUCCCAAGAUCGGACAGUGACGCCUCAGAAAGCAGUCGACUAGGAUUUGGAUCUGAUCCCGGCAUCGCUUUUAAGUUAACACCGCCUUCCUCGUCGGGAAUCCCGGGCGGAAUGGUGGCUCAAGAGAACAAAACGCCACGCGAUUUCUUUUUUGUGAAAACGAUUGGUGAAGGAGCUUUUAGUACGGUCUACCUCGCAAAAGAAGUGACAACGAGCAAUGAAUAUGCGAUUAAAGUCAUCUCAAAAGAGCUCAUUCAACGACAAAACAAGAACAAUGCUGAUGUGUACUCGGCCACUCAUGUAAUCCGCGAGAAAAACAUCAUGGCUUCUCUGACUUAUUCCCAUGGAGGCCAUCCGUUUGUUGUCAGUCUAUAUUGUACUUUUCAGGAUCCAGAAAGACUUUACUUUGCCAUGUCUUACUGUAAACGAGGCGAGCUCUUGACAACUCUUCAACAAGUCGGCGCCUUUGAUAUGCCAACAACACGAUUCUAUGCGGCAGAGAUUCUAUCCGGGCUUCUUUUUCUGCACAAAUGCAAUGUCGUACAUCGAGAUUUGAAACCGGAGAACAUUCUCUUCCAAGACACUGGCCAUAUUGCGAUCAGUGACUUUGGAUCGGCGAAGAUGAUGGAUGAGAUGAACAAAGAAGACCCAAUCAUUCGUCCCUCUGCCUCAUUCGAUUCGGAAGACGAGAAUUUUCGAUAUGGAGAGAAAAUCACUAAAAGGAGAUCCACCUUUGUCGGUACAGCUCAAUAUGUUUCCCCCGAAAUGUUAACUGGAGUCGGAGUUGGGCCAGCUUGUGACUUCUGGGCCUUUGGCGCAAUCAUCUACCAAAUGCUUUCCGGUCAACCCCCUUUCCGAGCCGUUAACGAUUUUCAUAUGAUGAAGAAAAUUCAAACAUUGGACUACUCAUUCCCAGAGGGAUUCCCUGAAGAACCAAAAGAUUUAGUGGCAAAGAUGCUGGUGCUUGAGCCAUGCGAUCGAUUAGGAAGUCCCGACAAGGGUGAUGCUGAGGGAAUCAUGGGACAUUCAUUCUUCGAGGAAAUCGCCUGGGAUUGCCUGCCUGAACUUGAACCGCCAACCCUCCAUCCCUAUUUGCCGGCGCAAGGAGAAGAGCCUGCCUAUUAUUCUGAGCUUGCUAUAGAGCCGGGUUUGGACGAGAAAGCCUUAGCUAGAUUGAUCGGAUUGCAGGAAUUCGGUGGACAAUCAACGAAUUACUCAAUCGAUGAAGAGAUCGAUGCAUUGAUGUCCCCCCCAGCAACGACUCCCUCAGCCGACAAAAACUUCAAUGUUUCAAUUGAUUCCGCAAAAGCCCUUUUCAACAAGAAUGAAAGAACACAAAAGAGAAAUGAAUUAUUGGAAAAACAACGAACAGAGAAUCCAUAUCAUCGAUUUGUUGACGAAAAUUUGAUAUUGAAGAGUGGAUUUUUGGAUAAAAAGAAGGGACUUUUCUCGAGAAAACGAAUGUUUUUAUUGACUGAAGGCCCACAUUUGUAUUAUGUAGAUCCGGUGAAUAUGGAGCUAAAGGGAGAGAUCCCAUGGAGUUCUUGUAUGAGAACGGAGAUCAAAAACUUUGGAACUUUCUUCGUUCAUACGUCAAAUCGAACUUAUUAUCUGUAUGACCCAGAGAAACGAUCCGUUGAUUGGUGUCGAGCGAUUGAUACGGUGAAAACCCGUUACGCAGCUGAAUUGGCGGCUCUUGGAAACGCUCAAACCGUGGAUCCAUCGAAAUACAAAAAGAAAACUCAGACAUCACCAAAAAAGUCAAAGAAAAAAGAGACUGGAAAGAAAGGGAAAGAGAAAGGAGAGAAGAUCGAGAAGUUACAAGAGAAUCAGAAGAUAAUGGCU